AUGGCUGCUAUGAGGACUUUAACCGUGGCGGGGCUGUUUUUGGCGUUCUGCGCGCUGGGACUGAUAGCCGUGGCGAUAAGCACCGACAGCUGGUACGAGACGGACGCCAGGCGGCACCGGGAGCGCUGCAAGAAUUACUCAAACAAAAGAAACGACCCGGGCUACAUCUACAUCUCCAACAAUAACCUCCCGCUCCGCAUGCUGCCGAGGGAGAAACACGCAGAGAGGAAGGGCGAUAUUCUGCUGCGGGCCAAGAGGCACUUCUUGCCUCCCGCCUCCGCCAUGGAGUCCCUUUGCAGUCGGCACUUCAACUCCACCAUCACCGGGCUGUGGAGAAAGUGCCACCGGGAAGGGUUCGACCUGGAGACGGAGGAUUUGAUCUUUAAAGGAUUGGUUCCGCGCUGCACACCCAUAAAAUACUACUACUCUUCUGCAGCGCUGCCUAGAAACCUGCCAAUAAAUCUGACGAAGACUAUCAGGCAGGAUGAGUGGCACGCACUCCACCUCCAGAGGAUGACUGCCAGUUUCAUCGGCAUGGCCAUAUCCAUCAUCCUGUUCGGCUGGAUCAUAGGCGUGCUGGGCUGCUGUCAGGAGCAUGAUCUGAUGCAGUAUGUGGCUGGACUCCUCUUCCUCAUGGGAGGGACAUGCUGCAUAAUCUCCCUCUGCACAUGCGUGGCUGGGAUCAACUUCGAACUGUCCCGCUAUCCCCGCUACAUGUUUGGUAUACCAGAGGAUAUCAGUCACGGUUACGGCUGGUCCAUGUUUUGCGCUUGGGGUGGACUGGGCCUCACAUUGCUGGCAGGCUUCCUGUGCACGCUGGCUCCUUCCCUCUACCCCCCACACACCCCUGUGGCUCACAAGCCCAGACAGGAGAACGGCUGCGUGUGACGGGCCGUGACCACCCAAACAGACGCCUGUCUCAUCCUGAAACAGUUUCUGAGCCUCGCUCCGCAGACAGUUUCAUCCGGGGUCACUGAGCGCCUUCAGACAGAGAAAAAGCACAGGCUCCCAGACAGACAAAAAUGACACAGAGGUGACAUUUGCCUGAAGCUUAGUUCCUCUGGUGCUUUUUUUCCGAACGAACUCUUAUGUGUCAUUGCUUGCUCUACAAGAGGGGGACAUCAUCAUUUCUUCUUAUAAAUUCUGCUAGAUUGAGAAGAAGAAAAACAGAAAAAGAAAAACUGGCAGAAACUCAAUAGCAGAAUUUUGAAACAAACUGUAUUGAAGAGAAAAUUAUUGAUGUGCAUCAUCACAUUUCAAAGGGCAACUGUGUACCAUUAUGUACCCAUUCAAAACUAUAAAUAUGUAUAUGUACUUUUUGAACUGUAUGUAUGCAGAUGCAUUUGUGUUUAUUCAAGAAAAAUAUGAGCAUUAAGACCAAACAGUGUUUGAGGGAAAUGUUUUGUUUGUUAUCCAGGUCUUACCUUCACCAAGAUAUUUUUGGAAAAAAUAAAACAGCCAUUCAAAACUAAUAAACUGACAUAUAAAUGUUUUUAUAGAUGA